AUGAGGACGCGCUGGGCGACCCUUCGCCGCGCGGCGGAGCUCCUCGUGCUACUCCUCAGGUGCUUCGGUCUUGCGGAGCCCUCUGGCCGCACAGGCAAUGAUCCAUUCACUAUCGUCAAUGAAAACAUGGGCAAGUGCAUCAAGCCACUGAAUGACUGGAUCGUAGCAACAGACUGUGGUGGAAGUAGGGACGUGUUAUGGAAGUGGGUGUCUCAGCAUCGACUCUUUCAUUUGCAAUCCCAGAAGUGCCUCGGGCUAGAUAUUACCAAACCCACAGAUUCCUUGAGAAUGUUCAACUGUGACUCCAGUGCCUUACUCUGGUGGAAAUGUGAGCACCACUCUCUGUAUGGAGCUGCCCAGUACAGACUGGCUCUGAAGAAUGGACAUGCUGUAGCAAGUACAAAUUCAUCUGAUGUCUGGAAGAAAGGAGGCACAGAGGAAAACCUCUGUGACCAGCCUUAUCAUGAUAUGAUUCUUACAGAAAAAGAAGGCAUUCCAAGAAUUUUCUGGAUUGGCUUAAAUCAGCUAUACUCUGCUAGAGGCUGGGAAUGGUCAGACCACAGGCCAUUAAACUUUCUCAACUGGGACCCAGAUAUGCCUAGUGCACCUAUGAUAAUAGGCGGAUCCAGCUGUGCGAGAAUGGAUGCCAUGUCUGGUCUAUGGCAGAGUUUUUCCUGUGAAGCUCAAUUGCCCUAUGUCUGCAAGAAACCAUUAAAUAACACAGUGGAGUUAACAGAUGUUUGGACAUAUUUAGAUACACACUGUGAUGCAGGCUGGCUGUCAAAUAAUGGUUUUUGCUAUCUGCUGGUAAAUGAAAGUGAUUCCUGGGAUAAGGCACAUACGAAAUGCAAAGCCUUGAGCGGCGAUCUCAUCAGCAUUCAUUCUUUAGCAGAUGUGGAGGUGGUUGUCACAAAACUCCAUAAUGGCGAUGCCAAAGAAGAAAUAUGGAUAGGUCUUAAGAACAAAAAUGUACCAAGUUUAUUUCAGUGGUCUGAUGGUACUGAAGUUACUCUAACAUAUUGGAAUAAGAAUGAGCCAAAUGUUCCCUACAAUAAGACUCCCAACUGUGUUUCCUAUUUAGGAAAGUUAGGUCAGUGGAAGGUCCAGUCCUGUGAAGAGAAACUUAAAUAUGUAUGUAAGAAAAAGGGAGAACAAAUAAAUGAUACAACAUCUGACAAGAUGUGUCCUCCAGAUGAGGGCUGGAAAAGACAUGGAGAAAUCUGUUACAAGAUUUACAAGGAUGAGGUCCCUUUUGGAACCAACUGCAAUCUGACUAUAACUAGCAGAUUUGAGCAAGAAUACCUGAAUGAUAUGAUUAAAAAGUAUACUAAAUCUCCAGGAAAAUACUUCUGGACUGGCCUGAGAGAUAUAGAUUCACAUGGAGAGUAUAGCUGGACAGGAGUUGGUGGAGUAAAGCAAGCUGUAACAUUUUCCAACUGGAAUUUUCUUGAGCCAGCUUCUCCAGGUGGGUGUGUGGCUAUGGCUACUGGAAAGUCUCUUGGAAAGUGGGAGGUGAAAGACUGCAGAAACUUCAGAGCACUCUCGGUUUGCAAGAAAAUAAGUGGGCCCAUUCAGCCUGAAGAAGUAGCUCCUAAGCCUGAAGACCCCUGUCCUGAAGGCUGGCAUAGUUUCCCCUCAAGUCUUUCUUGUUAUAAGCUGUUUCAUAUAGAAAGAAUUGUAAGAAAAAGGAACUGGGAAGAAGCUGAGAGAUUCUGCCAAGCUCUUGGAGGACACCUUCCUAGCUUCACUCAUAUGGAUGAAAUAAAGGAAUUUCUUCACUUUUUAAUGGACCAGUUCAGUGACCAGCGUUGGCUGUGGAUAGGUUUGAAUAAAAGGAGCCCAGAUUUACUAGGAUCUUGGGAGUGGAGUGAUCAUACACCAGUGUCUACUAUUCUCAUGGAAAAUGAGUUUCAGCAGGAUUAUGAUAUCAGAGAUUGUGCUGCUGUCAAGGUCACUCAAAGUCCAGGGCGAAGAAGCUGGUAUUUCUAUGAUGACAGAGAAUUUAUUUACUUAAGACCUUUUGCUUGUGAUACAAAACUUGAAUGGGUAUGCCAGAUUCCAAAAGGCCGUACUCCAAAAACACCAGACUGGUACAAUCCAGAGCGUGCUGGAAUUCAUGGACCUCCGGUUGUAAUUGAAGGGAGUGAAUAUUGGUUUGUUGCUGAUCCUCACUUAAACUAUGAAGAAGCUGUCCUGUAUUGUGCUAGCAAUCACAGCUCUCUGGCUACAUUGACAUCUCUUGCAGGAUUAAAAGCCAUCAAAAACAAAAUAGCAAAUAUAUCUAGUGAUGAACAGAAGUGGUGGGUGAGAACCGCUGAGCAGCCGGCAGACCGUCGUCGUUCUAUCUCACGAUAUCCAUGGCUUCACUUUCCUAUAACAUUUCGGGAGGAAUGCCUGUGCAUGUCUGCCAAGACUUGGUUUAGCGACUUAAAUAAACCAGCAGACUGUGGUACCAAGUUGCCCUUCAUCUGUGAAAAAUAUAAUGUCUCUUCAUUAGAAAAAUACAGUCCAGAUUCUGCAGCUAAAAUACAGUGCUCUGGGGAUUGGAUUACUUUUCAGAAUAAGUGUUUUCUAAAAAUCAAACCAAAGUCUCUCACAUUUUCCCAAGCGAGUGAUACUUGUCGCACAUAUGGUGGCACCCUUCCUUCAGUGCUGAGCCAGAGAGAACAAGAUUUUAUUACAUCCUUGCUUCCGGAUAUGGAGGCUACUUUAUGGAUUGGUUUGCGCUGGACUGCCUAUGAAAGGAUAAACAAAUGGACAGAUAACAGAGAGCUGACAUACAGUAACUUUCACCCAUUAUUAGUUGGUGGGAGGCUGAAAAUACCAACACAUAUUUUUGAAGAAGAGUCCCAAUACGACUGUGCUUUAAUACUCAACCUCCAAAAGUCACCUUAUACUGGGACAUGGAAUUUCACUUCCUGUAGUGAACGCCACACUCUGUCUCUCUGUCAGAAAUAUUCAGAAGUUGAAAGCAAACAGACCUUGCAGAAUACUUCAGACACAGUAAAGUAUCUAAAUAAUCUGUACAAAAUCAUCCUGAAGAAUAUGACUUGGUUUGAUGCUCUAAGGGAGUGUCAGAAAGAUAACAUGCAGCUGGUGAGCAUCACAGACCCUUAUCAGCAGGCGUUCCUAACUGUACAAGCGGUUCUUCAUAACUCUUCUUUAUGGAUUGGACUCUCCAGUCAAGACGAUGAACUCAACUUUGGUUGGUCAGAUGGGAAGCGUGUUCAAUUUAGUCGCUGGGCUGAAAAUAAUGGGCAACUUGAAGACUGUGUAAUAUUAGACACUGAUGGAUUCUGGAAAACAUCUGAUUGUGAUCAUAUGCAACCAGGUGUUAUUUGCUACUAUCCAGGAAACGAUACUGAAAAAGAGGUCAAAGCACUUGACAAUGUUCAGUGUCCAUCUCCUGUUCUAUUUACUCCAUGGAUACCAUUUCAGAACUCUUGCUACAAUUUUAUAAUAGCAAAGACUGAAUAUAUGGCAACACCACCAGAUGAAGUUCAUUCUAAAUGCCAGAAAAUGAAUCCAAAAUCACAUGUUCUGAGUAUUCGAGAUGAAAAAGAGAAUAACUUCGUUCUGGAGCAACUUCUGCACUUCAGUAAUAUGGCUUCAUGGGUCAUGUUAGGUAUAACUUAUGAAAUUGACUACAAGGAAGAAUAUAAUACUACUCUGCCACAGUUUAUUCCAUAUGAAGAUGGUAUUUAUAAUAUUAUACAAAAAAAGGUAACAUGGUAUGAAGCAUUAAACAUGUGUUCUCAAAGUGGAGGUUAUUUGGCAAGUGUUCAUGACCAAAAUGGCCAGCUCUUUCUGGAAGACCUCGUAAAACGUGAUGGAUUUCCACUAUGGAUUGGGCUCUCAAGUCAUGAUGGAAGUGAAUCAAGUUUUGAAUGGUCUGAUGGCAGUACAUUUGACUACAUCCCAUGGAAAGAUAAACCGUCUGCUGGAAAUUGUGUUGUCUUGGAUCCAAAAGGAAUUUGGAGACAUGAAAAAUGCAAGUCUCUUAGUGAUGGUGCUAUUUGUUAUAAACCUACAAAAUCUAAAGAGGUGUCCUCUCAUACAUACUCAUCAAGAUGUCCAACAGUAAAAGAGAAUGAGUCACAAUGGAUCCAGUACAAGGAGCACUGUUAUACAUCUGACCGGGCAUUGCGCAAUUUCUCAGAAGCCAAACAGUUCUGUUCAAAACUUGAUCAUUCUGCAACUAUUGUUACCAUAGAGGAUGAAGAUGAAAAUAAGUUCGUGAGCAGACUGAUGAGGGAAAAUAAUAAUAUUACCAUGAGAGUUUGGCUUGGAUUAUCUCAAUAUUCUGCCGAUCAGUCUUGGAAUUGGUUAGAUGGAUCAAAAGUGACAUUUGUCAAAUGGGCAAAUAAAAGUAAGAGUGGUGGUGGAAAAUGUAGCGUUUUGUUAGCUUCAAAUGAAACUUGGAUAAAAGUUGAAUGUUCACAAGGCUACGGAAGAGUUGUCUGCAAAGUUCCUCUGGGCCCUGAUUACAGAGGAAUAACUAUCACAUUUGCUGUGCUAAGUGUCUUAGCUCUCAUCAGUGCACUGGUUUGGUUCCUCUUCCAAAGGAACCGGUCGCACUGGCCGGGCUUCUCUUCAGUUCGAUAUGAACAAGGAAUGAAUGAAGAUGAGAUUAUGCUUCCCACUUUCAAUGACUAAAUUCUUCUAAGAGUUUGCUAAUUUGCACUAACGUGUUAGGGAAAAUGAGCCAUUUCGGUUUUUCCCAGUGUCAGUAUUUACUCUGUUCUAAAGUACAAAUCAUAAGUACUUUUUCAGUUGUUUAAUUGCUGUGCUGGUAUCUACAGUGAAUUAUCCACAAAAUGCCAUGUUUAAAACUUUACUUAAUAGAAUGGAGAACCUUAAUAGAAUGGAAAAGAACCAAAGCUGGAACUAAAGUCCAAAUUAUUUAUAGGGUGAUAAAUUUAAUGUGCAUUUUUCUCUGUAAGAAUGUAGUUAGUAACUAGGAUAUGUAUAUAUGAAUAGCACAACUGCUUAGAGACUUAAAAUUGGCAUGUUACUAGGUCAUAAAUCUACCUUUUAGCUUUUAAGAAUAUUUAGCUUAGGGGCGCCUCAGUGGCUCAGUCAGUUAAGUGUCCACCUCUUCAUCUCAGCUCAGGUCUUGAUC